GUGGGGCAACUACAUAUGUUGGAGUUACCCGGGUGGGGUUUUUGGCAUAGUGGGGGUGAAUGUAUAUGUGGCCUGGCGGCGGCAGUGACUGACCUACUGCAGUCAGUACAACUGGAGUACCAUGGCUAUCAAGGUGAAGCCAAGGACAAAGGCCCCCAAAAAGAGCGAGUAGAAGGUUGCCUCAACGAAGUAUUCUCCCUAGUCCAGGGACUAGGUGGUACUGCAGUGGUCCGGACCUAUAUAGACCAGCUGGCACAGGUACUCAGUGCACUCGUUGGGUGGAGUAAGAUAGAUAAGUGUUGGCAAAGACAUGGUGGUAACAAUAACAAUCAACAUGGCAAUGAACCGAAUUGCGGAUAUUUAACAGAUGUAAAAGCAAACACGCCAUGCAAGGACUGUCAAUGUAUGAAAUGGAGUGUGACCAGGCCGGAAAGCGAAGGAACACCACUGGGCAGGAAGUGUACAAGGUGUAGUGAUAGUAGUGGUAGUGAUGCGUGUAACUGUAGUCCUGGUGGUGGUGACUCCUGUACUGCUGAGAAGUGUAAAUGCGCUCUAGCAGGUAAAUGCUGCAAGUGUUGUUGUAAAAGUUGUAAUGGGUGUAAGGAAAACGCAAAGUGUAGUUGCAUGAUGGACGACAGCUAUCACUGUCGCAUAUACAAGGAUACAUAUCAGUCGGCAUAUAUAUCAUACACAAGUAACAAGCACUUCGAGAAGUACGGUAUGGCAGCUACGUGGAAUGCAUUGCAUAAAUUUACUGCUAAUUUCGGUAGUAUAAGAGGCAAUCCAACCGAGAAAAGAUCCAAAUGUGCCCGUAUCCUCCUAGGGUCAGUAUGUCUCAUUUGGAGUGGCCUUACUUAUAUGUAUUGGACUGGAAAGUACCAUUCCAGCAGCCCCCGGUGGAAUAAUCACAUCCUGGAUGGUACUGGUCUAGAUGAUGGUACACUGUCACAAUGGCUUCAGGCCCUAGGGUUUCCUAAGGCAAUGUUGAAUGACGCUGGCCCUGGAAAUAGGUUGGAUGCUGUCAUAUGGGAUGGGUUUAGGGGUAUGUUAUAUUUGGGAUUCCCGGAUACUGGUAGUGGUAGUGGUCAUGGCUGGGACACUGAGGGUAAUACAUUUAGGGAUCCAUCUAGUAUGAACUAUGCUGGAUAUAUACAUACUUUAGAGAAGGGUGCAUUUUGCAGCAACGGUAAUGUCUUCCCUAAGAAUGCUAAUGGCGCCACAAUUACUGAAGAACAGAUGCACAAAUGUGGUGCCCUCUUCAAGCUCUACAUUCUAUCAUGUGCCUAUUUCACUGGGUUACAGAACAAAGCUCCGCCGAAGGCGGGAAAUACAACCCCCAAGACCAUCCGGGAAAUCCUCUACUGGCUAAGUGCAUUGCCCUAUAGUCCGGCGUACCCAGAGAUACUGAAGCAUGGUAAGGAUAGGCUAAGAGAAGUGACACAGAAACCCGGAGACAAUGGCAAUGAGAUACCAACACUCGCCUUUCACCAAACAGGCCGUAAUGCUCCCAUUACAGUACAUGAAUUUAACCUGUUUGCCCACUUCCAAGCUGUGACCCAGUACUGCCCACUGGUCCUCAUCGGUAUCCAGGGUGGUAUUCACAGUACUAACAGGACUACUCCUGCCAUCCACUCCCUCUAUGCCAACACGGAGUGUCACUUCACCUAUCCCACUGUGUCCAUUCAAGCAUACAACCAGGUGGUCCACUACAUUAGGGCUCUGUUCUACCAACUCUAUUUCCUUAGGAAGCAAUGUGCAGUUAAAGUGGCUCUGGGAGGGAAGUGGCGUGAAUGUAGGUAUGGCAAGGAUGUGGUGUCAAAGGGGGUAAUCAGCUGGAUGUGCCUGGGGUGUGACCCCAUGGAACAUGAUAGGAAAUGGAGGGUAAAGGAGAUGGGAAAUAAACUUAAUAAACUACCAUUAGGAUCGAAUGGCAGUGAUGCAAAGAAGAUCAAGGAUGUACUGGAGGCAAUAGGUCAGGUAGUGGUACAAUUGGGUAAUGCCCAGGAGGCAUUGGAAGGGAAGGAUAAGGAGGCGAUCAAUGCGGUGAAGACGGCACUGGAGAAGGCUAAGGGGGAACUAGAGGAGGCGGUGAAGAAGGUGAAUGGUGGGCUGGAUGUGAAACUAGGGGAGGCUAAGACGGCACUAGAGGCGCUGACGAAUGGUGGUAGUGGAAUACUAGGGGAGGUAGGGGAGAAACUAGAGACGGCUACUAAUGGUGAGUAUGAUCCCGGUAAGAACAAGAUAAGUGAAUCUAUUAAUAAGGUACGGGAGGUAUUGAAGGAACUGGAAAAGGUGAUCAAGGAGCUGAAGAAGAAGGAAGUAGAUGAUGCCAACGAGCUGCUAGGUGUAGUUAUGGAUCCAUAUGUGCCUGAAAAGGAGCUACAAAAUAUCCUUCAAAGAGAAGUAUCCCAUGAGUACACAAUACUCCUCUCAGCCAUCGAAAAGAUUAUCUCCAUCUGCACCUCUCCCAAGUGCAGUGCAUGUGACCAACACUCCACCAAGUGCGGCCAAAAGCCAACACCCAGUAUCUGUAAGACCUGCCUCCAACCCACUACCACUGGUGUCCCCUCCCCCCUCCAGGCAUUCCUCGAGGAUCGGUUACCAGGGUUUAGUUGUAAAGAAGUGGUGGACCAAGACGAGAACCCAGACUAUCCUUCCGCUGCAUCCCACUUGGGACACUGUAAUGGUUCCGGUCAGUGCUGCCCAUUGCCAAUGGGAUUUAGAGGUCAAUUCUAUAGUGGCAGCACCAGCGACAGCACUGGUGCACGCCUUUAUGGCAUCCUGUAUUUCUUCAGUAACGAAAACAUGAUGCAGUCGUGUGUUUAUACACUGGUGAGGGUCACAGCAGCCCUUAGUGCCACUACACCACAGGUACUGGGUGAUGUAUUCGGGUUCUUUAGAGGUGGUAUUGGAGAGAAGGAAAGGGGAAAGAACAAGAAGAAUUUGGUAGUGCCGUGUGAUCACACUAAGGACCCAUCUAAGAAAGGAGAUGAUGACUACUUUUGCGGCUGGUGUGCCUCUGGGUUACGGGAUGAAGUUAAGAAGAUAGAGUGGAUACCAAAGGAAGACAAUGAUGGAGGGAAGUAUAGAGGAAGUGUAGGAGAAGCACUGAUAAAUAUUAAAGGCGAUAAAGGGGAUAGUGUUGCUCUAAAGUCCAGUGCUGCUACUGCCAAUACCUCCCUCUCACGACUCACUAAGAACUGCCAGUACCUCUCUCCCCUAACCGGUGAACUCUAUACGGCCGUGAGUGCCACAUUCGGCGGAACAUACCUCUCAUGGGUGCUAUACCUAUCAGAUGCACUUCAUUCAGGACUAGAGUCACUAUCUGACGCAUUCAAGGAGAUUGAAUGCCGGGGCUGUAGAGACUGUGACCCCAAUAAGUGCAAGAAGGGAGUCCAUGGACAGGGAAGUGGACAGUGUGGAUGCCAAUCAAUCGUAUCAUGUACUGGGGUACUACCAGUGCUGUACAGGUAUGGCUUUGGGUAUGGUAAUGUAGAGGCGUUGCAUUACAGUAAGGGUGAGUUCUACUAGUCCACUUUAUAUACUAAUGGGCGCCUUGGUCACAACUGUCAUAUG